UGGAACAAGUAUCGGUAUAAGGAUCACGCUAAAACAAAACAAUCGUUCCAAACGAUAUUGUUAAAACUACAAAUACCAAUAUUUGGAAGAAAUAUUUAUAAUUAGAAGGGACACAGGACGGCAAAUCAGUCUUUAAUGUACUUAUGUGAUCCGUGCCAAUAGAUAAUGCUAUCAGGGUUGAGAGUUUUUGUUGUUGAACAGACAAUAGCUCAGUGAUUUUAGGCCUUCCACUUGUCUCUGAAUGAUUUGCACAUUGUAGAUAUCAUAGUGUAAACAGUUUUAUAGUAAGGAGCCGAUAUUAAGAUGUUGAAUAUACUGUUGCUGCUUCCCUUCAUGCUGAUGAGUGUAGGAGAGACGGCCAGGAUUCUUGCCCUUGUACCUAUGCCAAUGAGAAGCCACUGGAUAGUAAUGGAACCAUUGUUCCAAGAGCUCGCCUCUCGCGGUCAUCAACUCACCGUCUUCUCCCCCUUCCCGCAGAAGAAACCAAUCACCAACUACACCGAUGUAGAUUUCUCCCAGAUCCUUCCACCACUGACGAGUCAGUUUUCCGUUGAUAUGAUCAAAGAGCGACUCCCUGACCCUUGGGCGUCGACCUAUUUCUUCUACGACGUUCACGAAACAACCUGCAGAAAAGUUCUGAAACUUCCCGAGUUUCAAGGGCUUCUAAAAGCUAAAGGACAGUAUGAUUUGUUGAUCACUGAAAUAUUUGGGACUGACUGUUAUGCUUAUUUUGCACGUUUGUUGGAUAUUCCAAUGGUUUCUAUAACAACGUCAAUCGCCAUGCCCUGGGCUGCGGAUAGGUUCGGAUUGCCGGAUAAUCCUUCAUACAUUCCUAACUACUUGGUCAACUUCAGCCCCCAGAUGUCAUUCGGGGAGAGGAUUCACAACACUUUGACCCUGAGUUACGCCAAGUUGAUGCACUCUUUCGUCUACGCCAGGGAGAGCCAGGUUUGGGCUGAGGAGAGUCUAGGGAUGAAGCUACCUCCACUAGGGGACGUUGUGGCAAAUACUUCAUUGUACCUUAUAAACAGCUUCCAUAUCCUCAGUCUGUCUCGACCCUUCCCUCCCAACGUGGUGGAGAUUGGAGGAAUCCACAUCAGAGAGCGGAGGCCUCUACCUCAGGAUAUUCAAAAUGUUGUAGAUGGUGCAAAACAUGGAAUAAUACUCAUGAGUUUUGGAUCACUCCUACGAGCAUCUACCUUCCCCAAGGAAAUUAUCCUCAUGUUCAUGAGAGUGUUCUCAAGAAUCCCUCAAACUGUGAUUUUCAAAUAUGAAGAAGAUUUACCAGAAGCUCCUCCCAACGUCAUUAUCAGAAAAUGGCUUCCACAAAGAGAUCUAAUAGAGCAUGAAAAGGUGGUGGCCUUUAUAGCACAUGGUGGUCUCUCUAGCACUAUUGAAGCUGUAAACUUUGGAAAGCCAAUGAUCGGAAUUCCGUUCUUUGCUGAUCAGAGAAACAAUAUCCGAGCAAUCAUCUCAAAGGAAGCUGGCAUUCAGUUGGAUCUAGAUGGAGUCACAGAGCAGACAAUAGCUAAUACAAUUGCCGAGAUACUAAAUAAUCCAAAGUACACCAACAACAUGAGGCUAUUAUCCAUGAGAUUCCGAGACAGGCCGAUGACAGCGUUGGAUUCCGCAGUCUAUUGGACGGAGUAUGUGAUACGUCACAGAGGGGCUCCACAGCUGAGGCCAACAUCAGCUGACAUGCCUCUCUACCAAUAUCUUCUGCUGGACAUAGUAGCAGUAAUACUGGGGGUUAUCAUCACAGCUGUUACUGCACUACGCGCUGUGUGCCUCUGUCUUUGUGGAAGACCUGGGAAACUUAAUGAGAAAAAGACAAACUGACUGUGUGUUGAAAUUUUGAGAGCGAUGAGUUGACAAUAAAUUGUUGAUGUAUAUUUAGGUGUUACCAAAUAGUUUUUAUUUAUCUGUUAGCGUUAGUAGAUAACAUUUUAAUUUUUAAAUGUUUUGCAAUAAACUUAGUUUACCUACGAAAAA